AUGAUUAAAGGCUUUAGAUUUUAAUAGGCUAUUAGCCAGUUAUUCUAGUCUCUAGCAUUACUUUAAAUAUUUUUCAUCCUCUAAGCUUUUGGAUAAGAGGUAAUACCUACGAAGAACAAAGGCUAAAUAAAGUUUGCAUUUGGGUCUUGCAACAAAUUUACACCGGACUAGCAAAGUGAAAUAUUUGAUAAAAUUGCACUUUAAAAUCCAGAUUCUUUUGCAUGGUUAGGAGAUGCUGCUUAUAUUGAUAUAAGAAAAUUUAUUCAUUAUUGGGAACCAGAUCCUAGUGAGGAAUCCAUAAAAAGAAAAUUUGAUAAUGUUGUAGAAGAUUAGCAUUAUAAAAAGCUUCUGAAAACAAAUGCUAAAAUAAUUGGAGUUUGGGAUGAUCACGACUACAAUAUAAAUGAUGGAGGAAAAGAUUUUCAAGGCAAAUAUAUAAUAUAACGACUUUAUUUAGAUUUUUUAAAUGAACCAUCUGAUAGCCCUCGCAGAAGUAAUUAGAAUGGCAUCUAUGUUUCAUACUAUCUUGGAGAAGAAAAAAGGGUAAAAGUAAUUUUGCUAGAUGUAAGAUUCAACAGAGAUCAUAGGAGAGAUCUCAAUCCAACAGAUAUGCUAGGAGAAGCAUAAUGGAAAUGGCUUGAAGAAGAGUUAAGUGACAAAUCUGUUCUUUUGUAUUUGGUUGCAAGUGGCACUUAAGUUAUCCCAGAUGAUAGAUUUUUUUAAGAAUAAUGGUAUAAUCCAAGUAGAUAAAGGCUUCUUUAGCUCUUUAGAGAUAAGAAAGCUCCAGUAGUUUUGCUAAGUGGUGAUAUACACUAAGCAGAGUUGAUGGAAAUGCCAUGCUCAGAUUAAUAUUUGGGAUAUAGCUUAAGGGAAAUUACUUCAAGCGGUCUCUCUUUUACUAAUACAGAAAUGACUAGCAUAUUUCCACUUUUUAAGUACAUAAUUUAACUCGGUGUUCCUCCUACUUUUUCUAACCAUCAAUUGGAUAGAUACCUUGAAAGGAAUUAUGGUAUGGUGAAUAUUGAAUGGAAUAAUACUGAUAUCAUGAGUUCUACUGUUUAAUUGCACAUUUAUGGUAAUAUGACUUUAGCUCCUGUCUUAGCAUAAGAAUUUAAACUUUAUGAUUUUCAUCCAAAUCCUGAAAAAAUCAAAGAAAAUAUAGAUUGCCCUACUUAUAUGUUAACUCCAGCCUAAAGAAAGGCUUAGAAUUUUUUGGUUUUGCUACUAAAAUAUGACCCAGCAGCUAUAAUAGUUGCUUUGUUAGGAGGAUUACUGUUUAUGAAUAUCUUUAAAUUUAUGAAAGCUAUCUUUUCAGCUUGUUGCAGAGGAAAUUAGUAUAAUGUCAAUAGAAAAAUGAAAAAUGAUUGA